UGGAAAGGGAUCACCAUUAAAACUCAAAACAUCUAAUAGGCAAAAAUAAAUAAAUAAAUCAAAGUGCCCUGCAAAAGUGUUCGUACCUCUUGAUGUCACAACGAUACACUUUGGGUUUGUUAGAGAACAUCAGAGCAAACAGCAUCACGAGAAACAGGUCAGAGAGAAAGUUGUGGAGACGUUUAAGGCAGGGUUUGCUUAUAAAAUAAUAUUCCAAGCUCUGACCAUCUUGCAGAGCACUUUUCAAUCUAUCAUCUGAAAUAAACCUACCAAGACACGGCCAUCCAUCUAAACCGACCGGCUGGAACAGGAGAGCAUUAACCGAGGAAGCAGCCAAGAGACCCAUAAUAAUUAUGGAAAGGCUGCAAAGUUCCAUGGCCCACGAGAGAAAAUCUGUCAGAAUAACAAACUAGUUGUACACUAACAAGAACUAUAAAAAGUCCUGUUUGUGCAGUCUUAGAUUAAUUAUAAACUUUGACAUGCGAAACACUAUAGGCUACGUGGCAGAACACUAGCAUUGCUCAUCACCCAAACACCUUACCACCCCACUGUGAAACAUGGUGGUGGCAGCAACAUGCUGUGGUGAUGCUUUUUAUUUUUAGCUUAACCAGAAGGUGGUCAGAGUUUAUGUCAAAAUGUGGAGAAAAAACUGUUGGCAGCUGUAAAAGACAUGAGACCUGCUUCGAGCAGGACAAUGACCCUAAACAUACAGCCAGACAUUGGACACUCAUGCAUUCAAUUGGCCUAGUCAAAGUUCUAAUUGUGAAUCUGUGGCAAGACUUGAAAACUGCUGUUCACAGACACUCUCCAUCCAAUUUGACAGAGUUGUAUCUAUUUUUGCAAAGAAUUAGCAACAUUUUAAGUCUCUAGAUGUCUAACGUUUGUAGAAAUAUCUGCAGCUUUGACUGCAGCAAAGGGUGGUUCUCCAUCGGAUUCUCAGGGGGCGCUGAAUACAUCAGCAUGCUAUGUUUAGUUUACUAUGUUCAGCAUGCUAGUUUAAAGUUAUCGGAAAAUGAGGAAUCAAAAUGCUUCCACUUCACAAUUAACCACAACUUUGUGUUAGCUUGUUGGAAACAUUUUAAAGACGCACAAAACAUUUUCCAAUGCACUGUAAAACGUAAUGUCUGGUUCAAUACUGUGGUGCCUUUAUUUGCACAACCCUUGUCCUGGGUAGGUAUUUGUGCCUUCGUGAAAAGGUGUUCAACAGCCUUUUGGACAUGCGCAGCAGAGCGUGGCAGACCUGGUCCCACAGAAAACAAGGGGUAUGAAGCAGCAGCGCAUGCGCCUCGCCGGAAUCCACGGGCGUCGAGCCUCACACCGCAGCGAUUGCAGAUUUUACGUGUCAUAGCAUAAGGAGUGCGACUCACGGGGAUCCAGUGCACAUGAAACGGGAAUGGAGGAGGAAGAGGAGAUCUGAUGCCACCCCGACUCACUUCUGCGUCUCCAAGUUGAGUUUAACCAGCCCGGGCUGCAGAUUCAUCCUGCCACUCAUCCCUUCAGUAAUCCCCCUCUCCUUUAUUGCAGUGUUUCCUCUGAAGGCUCCACAGGCAGAGGGGACUACAAUGACAACCUGGUGAAUGUUGCUGGAUGGAGUAAAAGCAAACAUCCAGCACGCCGCAGGAUGCGCAUCCCUAGCCCGACAAGGAAGGAGAAGGCAGAGCAACCUGGCUGCUUCCCUGCAGGCGCACGUCAGAAAUUUUCCUCGGUGCUGUGGACUGAUCGCUUCCUUCAUCAUCCUCCAGUAUAAUGGAGAGCUCCAAUGGCUCUGACUCCAAACCGCAGAGCCAACAGUUGGAGAAGAAGAGACCGAACCGAGCGCCUUCCCCGGCCAGACCUUUCCUCAAGGAUGUGCACUCCCGCUCCAACAAACCACCUGCCAUCGUGCCCAAAUCCCCGAAACUCGGCAAGCUGCAGCAGUCUGCCACGGUGUCCUUAGCCCAUCCGAACCGAAGCUCCAGGCGCAACACAACCGGGGCCAAAGAGAAACCAGCCACGCCAAAAAGUACCAUCAAGUCCCCCGCCGCGAAAAAGCCCACGAAGGUACCGCAGCAUGCAGCAGCUGCUGAGCCCAAAGCCGCCAGCCUCAAGCCGGACACCAUCAGCAGUCCGAUCCUCACCAAAGGCAAAAAGGGCAAACUAGUCGCGGGAUCUCCGGGCCUUCUCAGCCAUGGAUCCCCGAUCAGGGUUCCGACCGGGUCGCCUCUCGGCCGGGUUACCCAGACGGACAGCAGCUCGGACCUGUCAGACUGCCCGUCCGAGCAGCUGUCCGACGAACACAAGCUGGCGCCGGCCGUCCCCAGCGACACUGAGUCUGGCACCGGCUCCAGCGACCGGGAUCAGCCGGUGGGCGAUAAUCCUGCUGCACCGAGGGAAGCAGCAGCAGCUCCUCCGGCACCUAGUGGCGUGUCUCAGGCUCAGCCCGCUCCGGGGCCGCACGGAGAGAACCCCAAACUGGAGAAGCCCCCCACCAGCGCACAAUUCAAGCCGACCGGAACCACGGCUGCAGCCGAGGAUGACCUGCUGCGGGAACUGGAUGAACUGAGAUCUGAAAACGACUACCUCAAGGAUGAAGUGGAGGAGCUGCGCGCUGAGAUGGAGGAGGUUCGGGACAGCUACCUGGAGGAGGAGGUCUAUCAGGUGCAGGAUCUGCGGCGGGAACUGGACCGAGCCAAUAAGAACUGCCGCAUCCUGCAGUACCGGCUGAGGAAAGCCGAGCAGAAGAGUCUGCGGGUCGCUCAGACGGGCCACGUGGACGGAGAGCUGCUGCGUAGUCUGGAGCAGGACCUGAAGGUUGCAAAGGACGUGUCGGUGCGCCUGCACAAUGAGCUGGAGAGCACGGAGGACAAGCGCAGCCGAGCGGAGGACGAGAACGAGACUCUCAGACAGAAGAUCAUCGAGGUGGAGAUCUCCAGACAGGCGCUGCAGAACGAGCUGGAGAGGAUCAAAGAGACUGCACUGAGGCGACGGGGAAGCAGGGAAGCUUUUAAGGACAAGAAAUCCUCGAGUCAGGAGGACAGCGCAGACCUUCGGUGCCAACUCCAGUUUGCCAAAGAGGAGUCCAGCCUCAUGAGGAAAAAGAUGGCAAAGCUGGGUCGCGAGAAGGAUGAACUUGAACAGGAGUUGCAGAAGUACAAAUCCGUUUACGGCGACAUUGACAGUCCCCUUCCCCUGACCGAGUGCUCAGGCGGGGGCCCUCAUACGACACGAGAAGCCGAGCUCCGACUACGCCUGAAGCUGGUGGAGGAAGAAGCCAACAUUCUGGGAAGAAAGAUUGUGGAGCUGGAGGUGGAGAACCGCAGCCUGCGAGCAGAGAAUGAGGACAUUCGCAGUCAGUACGAGAGAGACUGUUUUGGACGGGAACCUUUCUCCAGCAUGCCUUCGUCUCCAUACGGCGGUGACCCAUUAGAGUCUGUGGGUGAGCUGCGUCGGCACCUCCAGUUUGUCGAAGAGGAAGCUGAACUGCUGCGCCGUUCCAUCUCUGAGAUUGAGGACCAUAACAGGCAGCUGACAUCUGAACUCAAUCGCUUCAAGUUUGGCCCCAGCAGCAGCUCCGGACUUGCCAGUGAGGAAGGCGGUGAGGGGGGAUUGUUGAAACCUGGUAAUGGUUCCAGCAGUGGGAUGAUGAUGACGGAGGAACUUAAAUCAGCCCGGAUGCAGAUCAACGAGCUGAGCGGAAAGGUGAUGAAGCUGCAGUACGAGAACCGCGUCCUCUUGUCCAGCGUCCAGCACAAUGACCUGGCUGCGCACCUUGGCCUUCGCACUGGCAGCCCCCGAGAUAGCGAUGCGGAGAGCGAUGCAGGCCGGCGAGAGGCUGCUGAAGAGGAGGAAACGGGGCGACUUCUCCUACAACCAAAGAGGGAGGGUCCAAUUGGGGGAGAGAGUGACUCUGAAGACCUGUUUGAGAAAACAGGGACCACCUCAGGGUUAGGAAGCAUUAAACCCUCGGAUGGCCGUGAGCUGAGCGCCACUGAGCUCGCCAAUCGCAGAAGGGAAGAGCGGGAGUCGUUCGCCAACGUGAAACGAGAGGCCGACAGGCUGGGGAAGACCGUAGAUCGUCUCAUCACAGACACAGACAGUCUGAUCUUUGAAGGUAGGCUGCUGGUGACCACAGGGGAAAGCCUCGAAGGAGCAGCCAUAUCUGGAUCCAAACCAGACACUCAAGUACUGGACACCAUCAACAAUCGCAUGAAGGCAUUCCGUACAGAGCUCCACAUCUUCAUGGAAAAGCUGGACUAUGUAGGAGACAGGCUGAGAGAAAGGACAGACGAUUUAUCUCCAAUGCCGAACCUUACGGAGUCCAGCAGCUUCUUGUCUACUGUUACCUCCAUGUCGCGUGACUCUCCCAUCGGCACCUUCGGAAGAGACCUGGUCACAGACUUCCAGUCCGUUCAGAGGGAUGAGCUGGAGUGGCGUCUAGGACAGGAGCGAGGCGUGGAGCCCCAGAGCCAGGUUGGGGGCCCGGCCCAGAGCAGGGGAGCCACGGGACUCACUAUGUACCACAGACCCCUGGCUUUAAGAAUAGAGCACCGAGACACGACUGCUUCUGAGGUCCAGUUUCGUCUGGAUCACGAACGACGGGUGAGAGCUCUGACGGAGGAGCGGGAGGCUGUCAACACCCUGCCUCAGGAGGAGCAGCGUUUACGUCUGGAGGCACAGCGAGAACGUCUGGAGCUUCAGGGCCUUCAGAGCCAUGAGGCGCCCUGGGCUCAGGAGCAAGCCCUGCUGCAACAAGAGGUGCGCCUGUUCAGACGCAACACCAUCAUCUUCUACAUGAAGCUCAGGGGGAUCCUUCUGCACUGGAGGCUCAGCUGCAAGGGUGACUCAGGAGAUGAGACUGUUGUACCCAAUUUGGAGAAGCUGGAGGGCUUCCCAGAGCUGGGAGUGACGGCGGAGCAGGCGGAGGGGGCGCCAGAACGAGACGACAGGCUGUGUUUACCUCAAACUCCAGGGGAAGCCCCUGAAACUGGACCCGCCAUUCCUCUGCUGUCCCCUGACCGACACAUGCAGCAUCAGCGACAGUUUGGUGAGAACAGGCGAGUGCUGCAGGCACUGCGAGCGCUCCUGGAGGAGUUUCGAGAGGAGUUGCGGGAGGAGCAGAUGAGGCGCUACCAACUGCAACAAGCGUAUGCCAAUGACAAAGCCGCCUGGGAGGUCAAGUGGACAGAGAUGAAGUGCCAGGUCGCUCAGCUUGAGGAAGAGGCUCGGGAAAAGGUGCGAGGUGAAGCACAGGGAGGCGAAGAGGAGCCGCCUGGAGGAGAGCCCGAGUGGGCCUUGAAGCAGGAGCGUGAGGAGCAUCAGCGCCUCCUGGCCGAAAGCCACAGCAAGUCUCUGGACCUCCGCUGGAAGCUGCAGCAUGGAGAGAAGAGGUGGAGCCGCGAGAGGACCGAGCUCCAGGAACGCUUCGACCAGGAGCGCCAGGAGUGGGAGGGCAGCAUGAGCGAGCUCCGCUGGAAGAUGGAGAGGAUGCAGAGGGAACUGAACAGCAGACGAGGCGAGGGCACCGACAUAAAAGAUGGCAGCGUAGCCCACAGAGGAGUUUUCUCACCUCAGGAAAGUCUGUGCAAUCUCCCACGUUCGCCUCACCCUCCUCAGUCCCCUUGUUCAGCCAUUCCUGUGCCCCCCAUGCGAUCCCACUCAGACUCUGAGGCCUUACUGGGAGAGCCGGGAGCCGCAAUGAGGCUCAAGGGCCCGACAGAGAACCUGUUCCUGGAUGCCCUGACUCUGGACCCCCUCAGUGGUUUCGAGGUCCCUCCACCCUGCCAACUGGAGAGUGAGAAGAAGUUCCCCUGCAUGAAUGAGGCUCUUAAUGAGAUUUCAGAGAGUGAAGGUGAUCCUGCAUACGCAGAAGAGGAAAUGAGGGAAGGUGGAAGUCUUCUCAGAGCCAAGUCUGUGUGUUCCAUGAGCGACUUCCAGCGGUUGAUGGACAGCUCGCCGUUCCUCCCCGACAAGACGCGCCCCGGCGGCACCGACCAAGACGACGUCACCCCACCGCUCUCUCCGGAUGAUCUCAAGUACAUCGAGGAGUUCAGCAACAAGGGCUGGGGCUACCCUGGCCCGCGUUUGUGGACAGGCAGACCUGCCGAGGUACUGGAAGGGGAGACCGGUCCCGAUCCGUUUCAACCGGCUUCCUGGUUCCUGACCACCAGUGCCACCCUGACCACCAGCACCCUGAGUAGCCCCGAGCACUGCCACAAAUCCCCGCUCAGGGGCAACGGAGCUGGGGUUGGAGUGGAGCACUAUGGGGUUCCCAUCCUCCACAGUCCAACCAGAGCUGGGGCAGCUGAGCAUGCAACAGUCCAGGACCCGGAUUUGUUAUAUUCCAGGGGUUGCAAAGCCCGGACUGGAGGAGAGGCCGGGAUUGGAGCGAGUGGAACAGAUGAGGUGUUCAGCAGUCUGCGGUGGCCCUGCCUCCUGGAGGGUGGUGGACCGAGGACCUCUCCCAUGCAGUCCCCUAUCUGCUCCACUGUGGGUUAUGCCUCUUCUAUGGAGCUUCAGCUCCAGAAAAAUCUAAGUGAUGACAUGAAGGAGGUGGCCAUCUCGGUCCGGAACGCCAUACGCUCCCCCCUGGGGCUGGCGGUCUGCGACACUGCCUGUCAGACCAACGGAUUCACCACACGAGGAACCCAGACUACCCAAACCAUCAGUGUUGGCUUACAAACGGAUCUGUUGCGGAACCUGACCAGCAGCCCGCACCGUUGCCUCACGCCGAAAGGCAGCGGAACCCCCAUCUCAUCUCCAUCACGCAGCACAAGGAAGAUCCAGUACUCUCCGGUGGUCCAGAGCAAGUUUGAGCGACCCUGCUGCUCACCCAAAUACGGCUCUCCCAAGUUGCAGCGCAAGCUGUCCACGUCCAACAAGAAUGAGCUACCUAACAACAGCCGCGCUCCCACACCCACCACCCCUCAGAAGGGCAACAACGAGUCGGCAUGGGCUCGCUCCACCACCACCCGAGACAGCCCCGUCCACACCACCAUCAACGACGGUCUCUCCAGCCUCUUCAACAUCAUUGACCACACGCCGGUGGUUUUCGACUCUCUGCAGAAGUUCAACAAGUCCCCGAGCCGCUCCCGGCCCACGCCGCCCCCCACCGCAGAACCAAGCCCUGCUCAUGGAGCCCUCACCACGGACCCCAGGAACAUGCAGGACUGUCUGCGGACUGCCAGGGGGCGCUCGCCCAGCCCGGUCCAGCUGAUAGUAGAGACUCAGGGGGACAAGAACCCUGAGGUGGUCAGCAUCCGGCAGGAUCUGUCUGCCCCGCCGGGCUACACGCUGGCUGAAAACGCAGCCCGCAUCCUCAACAAAAAGCUGCAGGAGCAGAAUUUUAGAGAAGAGCGAAGGCUGCAGGGGGGAGGACAGGGCGCCCACAGCAGGGACACCAACAGGCAGGUGGAGUCGGACAGAGGACAGUCUGGAUGUAUGGAGCUCCUUGUCGUUGGCAGGACCUGCCUCGUUCCCCAGUGGCUCCGCCCUUGGACUCCUGCUUCCUGAGGCCAGCCCGCCCGGCUAACCGCCGACCCCCCUCACGCUGGGCAGCCCGCUCUCCCUCCUCUUCGCCCAAGUAGAGUGAGGGCACGAAGAGGAGGUUCACCUUCCCGCCGAUGGGACACAGGAAGCCCAUUCUAGAGGGAGAGGAAGUGGUGUGAAGGGUGUCCUCUACAUCCUUUACUCCUUCAUUUAUUUUGGCCUAAAAAGACCCAGUACCUCAGUAACGUCCCCUCAGAACUAAAGACCCUAAAAACAUGGAGCCUGAACAGGGGGUAGGUAUCUAAUAAGUAGCACCAGCUGAUCAUUAGAGAAACCAAGACUUUUUGGAAGAAUCUGGAAUGUACUGGAAUAUCAUGAAAUCAAGGCGUUAAAAAAGUCGCUUUCCAUUAAAGGUGCCUGUACUGUACAGGUGCAUGUUAAUAUACUAGAAUAUCACAGAAAAUUUUAAUUCUUGCAGUAAUUCAAUUCAAAACUUAAACUCAUGUAUAGAUUUUUACAGACCAAGAGACAUAUUUCAAGUGUUUGUUUUCAUUAAUUUUCAUGAUUAUGGCUUACAGAUAAUGAAAAGCCAAAAUUAAUUCCCAGAAAAUUAGAAUAUUGCAUAAGAUCGAAAAGAAAGAAUGUUUAACACAGAAAUGUUAUGCUUAUGAAAAUGAUAUGCUAUCAAUGCUUGGUUGACCCUCCAUUUGCAUGAAUUACUGUAUCAGUGUGGUGUGGCUUGGAGGUGAUCAGCCUGUGGUUCUGCUGAGGUGUAAUGGAAGCCCAGCUGCCUUCAGGUCUUCUUCAGUGUCUGUUUCUGGUGUCUCUUAUUUUCCUCUUGGCUAUACCCCAUAGAUUCUCUUUGGGGCUUUGGUCUUCCUGUUCAAAAGGAGUUGUUCCUUGCCACUCUGGCCACAUGCUUGGCCAGUGUAGAAAUAUAUUACCACAAGUUUCCUCAGUCACUGUAGAAACUUCACUUUGGACUUCAAGCAACAUGGAUCCUGUGCCUCUCCACUCUUUCUCCACACUCUGGGACCUUGAUUUCCAAAUUACAUGCUAACUUUACUUUCAUCUGAAAGACGACUUUGGACCACUGAGCAACAGUGCAGUUCUUUCUCUUCUUAGCCCAAGUAAGACCCCUCUGACAUUGUCUCUGGUUCAGGAGUGGCUUGACACGAGGAAUGUGACAGAUAUAAUCCAGGUCUAGGAUAUCUGUCUGUGGUGGCUGUUGAUGAUCUAUUAACCUUCCCAAAAGUCUUUAAUUGUCUUUGCUUUGUAAUCCUCUCAAGGUUGCAGAGGGUUUUUUACCACACUUUUUCCUACCACUCAACUAUUAUUAGUAUGCUUUGCUGUGACCAGCCAGCUUCUUUAGCAAUUACCUUUUGUGGGCUAAGCUCCAGAAGGUGCCAAUGUAUGUCUGAUGGACAACCCCAUGAUUUGAAUAGGCCUUAACAUGGCCACAGCCCAACAUUUCUUUGUGAAAAAUUCAGUUUCUUUAUUUAUCUUAUGUGAUAUUGAAAUUUUCUAAGAUAUUAUAUUUUGUUUCUUCAUAGGUUUUAAGCCAUAAUCAUCAAGGUAAAGAGAAAUAAAUUAAUUGAAAUGCAUCAUUCUGUUGUAAUGAAUCUCUAUGGGUUUAACUUUUUUAAUUGAAUUAUUAUAAAUUAACAGUUUGACAAUAUUCUAAUUUAUUGAGAUGCACCCAUAUGUUUAAGUCACUCAUUAUCCCAUAUAUUUAAAUGUAUUACUAUGUAUUUGCCACAGUUUUUAACCUUUUUUUUUUCAAAGGAAAAUUGCUGGUUAGCCGAACAUUGCACUGUUCUUAUCUAAUAACAGUUUAUUUUGUUACACAUUAUUUCAUGUAUCUGUACAUGCUUUUUACUUUGCCUGCCUCUCGAGUUCACUUCUCUCUUUCAACGCAAGAAACAAACAAAAACGAGAACAAAAACGAAAAAACUGCUUGCCGUCAUUUUUUCCGGCCUGAAGGCAAGACCCACAAUGUCAUUUCUGAUGCGAAUGUCCUUAUUUAUUUCUACGUUAAGAUGAAUGUUUGUCUCUGUUGACAUGAUGAACCAGAAGAAACUUAUGCAUUUUUGGAAGGCAGAAUAAAACCAGUUGAAUACUUGCAUGCCUUUUGAACACUAGCACUUUAGUGCAUGUAGAUUUGAACUCUAGUCUUUUGUGGUCACUCAGCUCGGCUGUGAUGAAAACCUCAUCGCAAAGGGAAGUCUCGAGCUGUUUUUGUUGUCACAUGAAAUACCAGUUUUUUAAGUAAAUUAUGGUACCUUCUAGGCUGUCUUUGUUACUGUUGGAUAUGGACUUUUUUUUCUUUUGACAAGAAAAACGGAUUGUGAAAACAAAAUUAUGAAUGUUUUAAACAGAACGUCUGUGUCACAAAAAAGUCUCAUAAUCUGUAGUCUUCUGUAAAUAUUAAAUGGUAAUUAACAAGAAUGUGUAUUUACAAGUC